UCUAAAGUGUCUCAGACAACAGUUGGCAUUAUUGCUGCUAUCUUCUGUGCCGUGGUUUUUGUUGGAGUGGGUCUGCUGCGCUGUAUUAUGAUUGGAGCAUGUAAUGUUUGCAAUGCUCCAAACCCACCACAGGAAAGGCAGGUUAUGGGAACCAAUGAUUCCUAUACAUUUCGAGCAGAUUUUCCUCCUUCCUACAGCACAGGUUAGUUUAAAUAAUAACAACGUAGACCUUCAUUUAUAUGAUUAAACUUUUAUGUGUGAUCUGAGGCUAUUUACUUAGAAUCAAAGAGUUUCAAAUAUCCUAUUCACCAUAUUCAUCAAGACCAUAAUGCACCUUGUCUACCCCUUCCCCGCCAGAAUUUUUGCACAACCAUUGUCUUUGAUUUCUCUAGGGACAACUGUAAUACCGAGGAGAAACUGGAAACAAUCGUUAUGUAAAAUUUUGUGUGGUAAACAAGGUGCAUUAUGGUCUCAGUGAAAAUGGUGAAUGGAAAAAAAAGGAAUUAGUGCAAAUUAUUGGGAGGUUCAAAGAGUGGUAGGUAAUGUUCAAGUGUAGCUGAGUGUUUGAUUGGGGAAGGGAAGCUGAAUUACCAAGAGUUAUGAGAAAUCAAGAACUCCAUUCAUCGAUCUAUUGUAUGAAUUGCAUCUCAUUCAUUGUCUUCGCUGUCAUCUACUAGCUGAAGGCUCCCAUAAGUUGGAGUUCAUUGGUGCCAUAAUUUUACCAAACAUGUCAUAACUGUGAGUCCUGUUAGAGAGUACUCACAUUUUCUCCUCUGAAGUUAAAUACCAUUUUCAAUUUAAGAAUUUUUUAGGAGCAUUAAAAUGUUCAUCUUAAGUUUUAGACUAAUGUCACUUUUCUGAUGCUUUAGUUUUAAGACACCCAGAGAGAUUUCCUUCACCAGAGUCAAGCCCCCAGUUUAGGGAGCUGACAAAUGGAGAAACAGCUAGGGACUCUCAUUCAGCAGCUCUGGGCCAUGGUGCAACAUUUGAACUACAGUCAAGCAGCAGUGAGAGUGAUGAUGAUGAUGAUGGCACAGCACCACCUCCCUACCCUGGGAAUGUG